AUGAAAGGCUUUUCUUUGGCCCUGGCGCUCACGGCCGGUUCGACUGUCAGCGCUCUAUCGCUGCAUAGACGCGACGUCCCGGCUGUGGUGGAAUUUCCCAUAGAACAUAGACGAAAUGCCGAGUCCCUACAGAAGCGCGACCAUACCGUCGAGGUGUCGCUUCACAAUACGGUCAUGGGUUACUACAUGCUGAACCUCACGCUGGGCGACCCCGGACAGGCUUUUUCCCUCGCCUUGGACACCGGCAGCAGUGACACCUGGGUGAAUACAGCCAAAUCCGAGUUAUGCUCGGCGAAUGACCAUCCAUGCAAUGCCUAUGGCGUGUACAAUGCCAGUGGCUCGUCCGGCUACAAGACCGUGGGCACGAGGAUGAAUGCGACAUAUGCCGGGGGUUCUAGUAUCGAGGGGCCGUAUGUGACGGAUAAACUCACCAUUGGGAACGCGAAAGUGGAUGAUUUCCAAUUUGCGGUUGCAGAAAAUACCACAAUGGCCAUGGGCAUUGCAGGGGUGGGCUACCGCAUCAACGAGUACCAGGCCUCUCACGACUCAAAGAUCUAUGCCAAUCUCCCUCAAGCCCUGGUCGACAGCGGAGCGAUCAAGUCCUCCGCAUACAGCCUCUGGCUCAACGACCUGAAUGCCAACACGGGCUCCAUCCUCUUCGGCGGCGUCAACAAGGCCAAGUACACUGGCGACCUGCAGACCCUCCCCAUCGUCCCCGUCAAAGGGCGCUACACAUCCCUCGCGCUCGCUCUGACGGGCGUAACCGUCGAGGGCAAGGACACCAACAGCUACACCGAUACGCUGCCCCUGGCGGUGUCCCUUGAUACCGGCAGCAUCUUCACCAUGCUUCCCGAGGACCUGGUGGACAAGAUCUACAACGACCUCGGCGCGAAAUACAUGGAAAAGGAACGCGUCGCCUACAUCGACUGCGAGAUGAUGAACAAGGACUACAACGUCACCUACACCUUCUCCGGCGUCAGCAUCACCGUCGGAAUGAACGAGCUCGUCCUCAACUACGUCUACCCGGACUUCCCCGACGGAACAUGCUUGUUCGGCCUCGUCCCCAGCGCAGAGGGCGUGAACCUCAUGGGCGAUACCUUCCUCCGCAGCGCGUACGUCGUCUACGACCUCGCCAACAACGAGAUCUCGCUGGCGGCGACCAAUUUCCACCCCGGGAACGACGACAUCCAUGAGAUCGGGACGGGCGAUGAUUCUGUUCCCGGAGCGACGCGCGUGAAAUCCGCUGUUUCUUCCGCCACCGGGAAUGGGGUCGAGUCUGCGACGGCGUCGGCGGUUGUGGUGACGGUUACCGGGCACACGGCCGGUGCCACGACGACAGGAGCUACGGAGCCGGCGGCGACGGGCACGGAUGCUGGCAAGACUGCUGCUGGGGGUGCUACGAGCACCUCGUCCAAGGGGGCUGGUGCUCUGCCUACGAGUCAUUCUGGGUACCUGCUUGCUGGAUUGGCGGGUCUUCUUCUUGUGUAG